UACACUACUGUUGAGCCUGCUGAACGCGCUCAUUGAUUUGAUGAUCAUCACAGAAUCGUAUGAUCAUCAAUAUCAAGUUGUAUAGAAUAAUUUCGCGGAAUAUGAUUUUGUCAAUUUAGACAAUUUGAAAUGAAAUGAGGUGAUGAUGAAUAAUUUGAGGUGGAGAUGAUCAAAUCUGAACAUCUGAUUGAGGAUGAAAUUGAGUUAUUAAUCCAUUUAUUUUGAUGAAAAAAAUUCCGUACAGAACAUGUAUAGCUAUGAUGGUUUUAUGGACUGCAGCUUUCAAUUACUGUUUACGAUCAUUUUUUCCUGUAACACUGAUUGCCAUGUUAGAUCGAAACAAAACAGUGCAUCUAGAUAAUGGCUCAGUAUCGGUUAGGAUGCCACCAGAUUAUGGUCCUAAGUUUCAUUGGACUACCUUUCAAGAGUGUCAAUUGAUUGGUGCUUACUUUUACGGCUUUUGCCUCACUUCAAUUCCUGGAGGUCCUAUAGCGGAACAUUUUGGCCCAUACUGGACAGUUCUUGUUAGCACUUUGAUCGGUGCUGUCAUAACCCAACUUUCUGUAUUUGUUGUCAUGGAGAGCUGGGUACCGUUGUUCGUUUGUAGGCUGCUUGUUGGUAUGUCUGGAGGUGUUCAGUAUCCCUCUCUCCAGGUUCUGAUUGGUGCCUGGGCUCCUCCAAGCGAAAAAGGCAUAUUUACUUCCUGCCUUAUGGGCAAUGUCCUUGGCACUGUCAUCACCCAAGCUAUCGUUGGAUAUCUUGUUUCUACGAUGAGCUGGUCCUGGGGUUUCUACUUUACUGGCAUUGCUGCGUUGAUCUUCAUAUUGUCAUGGUCGUUGUUAGUCUCCGAUUAUCCUGAGCAGAGCUGGUUUUGCAGCGAGGAAGAAGCUACUUAUGUCCACAACUCUCAUGAAGGUUCGGUUACAGCGGGUCAGUCGAAGCCACCUAUUUUGAAGAUUUUGACGUCCAUACCGUUCAUAAGUUCGGUUAUUGGUCAAUUCGGAGUCCUUUGGGGCCUGUAUUUGGUGCUUACAGUUGUUCCCAAGUUUAUGGCAGAAGUUCUUCAAUUCGACCUGAAAAAAGUUGGUUUCUUGACUUCGACACCGAGCAUGUCUAGAAUGGUAUUGGGCUUUUUCUUUGGAGGAAUUGGGGAUUUCCUAAUUAGAAAGGAACUCGUGAAGAAAGUUUACGUGAGGAAAGGAUUCAUAACCUUUUCUCAUUUCCUGCCUGGAACUGUGAUGUUCUUGUAUUCGAUAGUAGGAGAGAAUGCUUAUGUAGCUGUUACUCUAUUGGUUACUAUGAUGGGCUUCAAUGGUGCAUCUGUAGUUACUACACUAGUCAACCCUCAAGAUUUAGCUCCAAAUUACGCUGGAACCCAGUGUGGGAUAAUAGAUUUUUUUGGUAGUAUGUCCGGUUUCAUUAUUCCUGCUAUGGUUGGUGAGAUAACGAAAAAUAAGAGUGAACUUCCUGAAUGGGCCAUUGUUUUCGUUGUAACUGGUAUUAUUUAUAUUACUACUGGUUUAGUGUUCAUCCUUUUUGGAUCUGUACAUUUGCAGCCUUGGAAUGAAAAGGCAGAAACAACAACUGGAAGUACAAGCUGAUUUUAUAAUUGUAAUUUGCUGAAAUUUCAUCGGAAACUUCUAGUACCAAAUAAAUUAAUUUUAAUUGUUUGAAAAAAGUUUUUUCAAUGUUGAAUAUAUUGUAAAACUUGAAUUACAAGUGAAAACAUGUAUUGGAUUAUGGAUUGCAUGGUUUUUUUAUGAACCAAGGGAAUAAAAUGUA